CCCUUCCACGUGUAGGGUGGAAGCCCGUGGUGAUUUACUUUGAUUUUUUAAUUCACAGUAUAGGUGUGUAACUUGUAAGUUUGAUUUUAAUCUGCACUGCUUCAUUUCAAAGAUGCUAGAUUAUGAUUAAGCUAACAUCUAACAUCAUUGUAUAGGUACCAAUGCUGCAUUCCACAGCAAAACUGUGUUUUACCUAGGUACCUGUGCAUGAGCUCACAGGUGGAACCAUGACAGUUUAUAAGUUGCUUUUGAAUUAUGGAAUAUGAUUGGUCAAUGUGUGGCUGAUACAUUGAACCAUCUGUGAAAAAGGACAAGAUGGAUGAAGAUUUUGAGGAGAGAGAGUGGGCAGAUGAUGGGCCAGAGGGUGCGGAGUCGGAUGGCGAAGAGGCAGCAACUCAGGAGGAUCCUGAACAAGUGAUCAGGGAAUGCAUGCAGCUGUUUGCCUCUCCAGACUACAUUAUGGAGCCAGGAAUCACCAACACACUGCAACGAUACUUCUCAGCCGGUGGCGACCCGGAGACAGUCAUCGAGACCAUCUCCAGCAACUACAAGGCCAUCUCGGGACUGGCCAAUCUGAUCGCCGAGUGGCUGAUCCUCUCCGGCGUCGACAUCCUCGAUGUGCAGAGUCUCGUGGAGAAUCAUCUCAAGGACAUGAUCCUGCGAACCUUUGACCCUGCCAAGGCGGACACCAUCUUCAACGAGGAGGGUGUGACGCCCGCCUGGCUGUCAGAGAUUAUCAAGCAUCCGACGUGGCGCUCCCUGAUAUACCGUCUGGCAGAAGAGUACCCCGACUGUAUGAUGCUGAACUUCACCAUCAAACUGAUCUCAGACGCCGGGUUUCAGGGGGAGAUUACUUCCUUGUCAACGGCGUCGCAGCAAAUUGAGGUGUUCUCACGGAUCGUGAAGACGUCCAUCACCAACAUUUUGUCCCGCUCCGAUGACGAGACUCGCCGGCAUAUGUCCGAGUUUGCCGCCAUGGUCUGUCACGGCCAGCACACGUACAUCUACACACAGGCGCUGCUGCACGUGCUCUCGCAGGAGGGCCGCGCCGGCGCCAACGCCAAGCGGCUGUCGCAGGAGGUGACGCGCUGCGCCGUGUCGCAGGGACAGAAUGUGACGCCCAUUAUUUUGGCGCUGAACGGCGCGGCGGCCUACCCGCGCGCCGCCAGCGCCCUGGCCUCGAUGCUGGCUCGGAACGCGCUGAACCCUGCCGACAUCACGGCGCUGUACAAGCUGUACAACACGUCCGACCCGCCGCCAGUGGAGCUCAUCAGGUCGCCCACCUUCCUCGAGCUGCUCAUCGGCGCCCUCUUCCGGCCCGGAAACAAGGUGAACCCCGACCACCGGCCCAAGUAUACCUACCUGCUGGCGUACGCGGCCUCCGUGUGUGAGCAGUGGCGGCGCGGCCAGCGCAGCAGUCUCAACCAGGACGAGCUGCGCGCCACUAUACAGGCGCUGGAGCGCGUCCACGGCAUCUGCACCAACAGCAAGGGCGCGCUGGAGAUUCUGUCGGAGCUGAACGCCCUCUACCAGUGCAUCAGGUUCCCAGUGGUCUCGGUGGGCCUGGUGCAGUGGGUGGAAGCCACUGUGACGGAGCCGUCGUUCUUCAAGCUGUGCACGGAGCACACGCCCAUCCACCUGGCGCUGCUGGACGAGGUGGUCACCUGCCACCCGCUGCUGCACGAAAAGGUGCUGGGCCUAUACAUCCAGCUGUUCGAGUCGGACCAGUCGGAACUGGAGAUCCUGAUGCAGCUCGAGAUGCGCAAGAUGCUGCUGGACCGCAUGGUGUGCCUGCUCAGCCGGGGAUGCGUGCUGCCCGUCGUCAAGUACAUCCGCACCUGCUGGCAAAAGUCGGACACGGACAUCUCUUUGAUCCGCUACUUCGUGACGGAGGUGCUGGACAUGAUGGCGCCGCCCUACUCGACCAGUUUCGUGCAGCUCUUUCUGCCCAUGGUUGAGGACGAGGAGAUCACGGGCACGAUGCGGAGUGCCGGCGGCGAGGAUCUGGUCAGCCAGUUCAUCGGACACUGCAAGACCCGCUCGGCGGAGACAUGAGGCAGGCUGACCAUUGGACACUCAUCAAGACCCGCUCGGCGGAGACAUGAGACAGGCAGGUGCUGGGGGAUUUACUGUAGCUCGGUACCAUUCACGGUGCCUGCUAGCGGCUGUGGCUAUCAUCGGAGUGCUGUCUGCUGAUCACUGACAAUAAGAGCUAGGACAGAUGGCUAUCGUCACCAGCCUACCAAUGGAGCUGGCCUCCAUUCACAUUGACCUUUACUAUCACAGUGACUUGAUUUGGCCAUGGGAGCCAUAGGUACUCGUCACAGGUGUCAAUGAUCGGAGUCGCUACCGUCUAGGAGUGGGGCCAUUGAAGUUGGCUGCCUUCGUUAGUGAUCCAUUGCAGCCCGAUAGGUGGUAGGAGCUGCUUGGGUCGACUACGAUUAGGAAUGCCUAAUGCCUAUCAUCUGAUCAAGUCACAGCUGUUGGCAGUGGUCACUGAAAUGUGAAAAUAUGGACUUCAGCUUAUAGUGUUCAUUAUUGGUCCAGCCUUUGUUGUAAACAUCAUCAUCAAAUGUGUCUCAUUUCGCCCAUUUAUUAACGAAACCAUGUUCUUAUGUUUCUUACGGUGUUGCUUGAAGCAGGGAAGUACGGAUGAAGUGUGCUGCGUAAAUGGUUCCAAAUCAGGUUACGGUUGCUUUUCUUGGUCCGCAAACAUUUGCCACCCAACUGUAUUAAUGCAAUAUCUAUAUUCUGAUGCGUUUUAGUUCAAUAUCGUAUAGUAGUGACUAAAUGGUGCAGUUUUCUGUUGUUUUCGUAUUUGCCUUAGUGUUUUUUUCAUGCUAAAAAGACCUAUUCGUUCUUUUCCUUCCAACGGUAUCGCCACAAACCAACUAUAGUAGUUAUGUAGCUGGCCCCGUGUAAAUGUUCGACUUAUUGAAAAGAGGCUGGGUGAGAAAGAUAUACAAAGCUAAUAUAUGGUGAUAAUAUGUAA